AUGAACAGGAUCGCGAGUCCUUGGAUUUGCACAAGAUGUGCGAACUCUUCACAGCAACGCAUACGUCUGAUCACUCGAUCAAGGGCGUUUACAAAUACUACCAGAAAACUUACUGAGAAGCCCAGAGCUCACGAUGGUAGACCAUUUAGGAUGGCUGUCAUUGGGUCAGGACCUGCUGGAUUUUACACGUCUUAUAAGGUUAUGUCCAAAAUUGAGAAUUCAAUCGUGGAUAUGUAUGAGCAUCUACCGGUACCCUUUGGUUUGGUACGAUUUGGAGUUGCUCCCGACCAUCCUGAGGUGAAGAAUUGUCAAGAUAAAUUCAGCGAAGUAGCUGAAUCGCCGAACUUUAAUUUCAUUGGGAACAUAUCUAUAGGAGAUCACGCUGGAGCUUUACCUCUCGCCUCGCUAUUGCCACAUUACGAUGCCAUAUUAUAUGCGUAUGGCGCAUCUCGAGAUCGUACGCUUAAUAUCCCGGGAGAAGACAAUUUGAAGGGUAUUUAUUCUGCGCGGGCAUUUGUUGGAUGGUACAAUGGACUGCCGGAAUAUGCGGAUCUUGACCCAGAUCUUACACAGGGCGAUGAAGCAAUAGUCAUCGGACAAGGCAAUGUAGCUUUAGAUGUCGCAAGGAUCCUCUUGCAGGACCCCGAUGUACUGCGAACUACCGACAUCACGGAGAGAGCUAUUGAGACUUUGCAAAAAAGUCAAGUCAGAAGAGUGAGAGUAGUGGGGAGAAGGGGUCCUCUGCAGGCUGCAUUCACGAUCAAAGAAAUUCGUGAGCUGGCGAAAUUAGAUUCGGUGGCUUUUCAUUCCAUUGAUAGAUCGUUAAUCCCAGAGGACAUAUCGAAAUUACCUCGAGCUUCGAAGAGAAUUAUGGAAAUUAUCAAAAAGGGAUCAAGUGCUUCCUUGGAGUCGGCAGCUAAAUCAUGGUCACUUGACUUUUGCCUCUCACCAAAAUCGUUUAAUCAGAGUCAUCAUUCCCCCUCUCAGUUAGGUGGCAUGUCAUUUGAGAAAACUUUACUGAGUCCAAACCCCUUUGAUCCUAUAGCUAAGGCAAAUGGUACUGGAGAAAUGGUUGAUCUUCCAGCCUCUCUAGCCUUUCGAUCUAUUGGUUACAAGUCAGAAGCGUUGCCAGGAUUCUCGGAUCUGGAUAUACCAUUUAAUGAUAGCCUAGGCAUCAUACCAAAUGAUCCGUUGGGUCGUGUUGUCAAUGAUAACGAAGGAUGGUCAACUUCGGAUUCGUCUAAGCAUAUUCCAGGAAUGUAUUGUGCUGGGUGGGUAAAACGAGGACCGACAGGUGUAAUUGCAAGUACCAUGCUGGAUGCUUUUUCGACCGCAGAUACGAUAGCUGAAGACUGGUAUGCACAUGCAACAUUUCUCAAUGGCAAUGCUGGAGGUUCUGGCCUUGGAUGGGAUGGUGUAAAAACUGAGGCUGACAAGAAGGGUUGCCGAAGGGUCAGGUGGGAAGACUGGCAGAAGAUUGAUGCAGCCGAGCGAAGGAGAGGUAACAGUAACGGGAAGGAGCGAGAAAAGUUUACAAAUGUGGAAGACAUGCUCAAGGUCUUAGAUUAAACGAUAGAUUACUCUCAUACUAUUAAAAUCUCAAUAAAUUACUUUUAUAUCAUUUAU